AUGCGCAUGAUUCCUGAGCUGAGGUCUGGCGUGCAUAAGGCACUCCACGAUGACCCCGACAUUGUGUCAAAAUCGCUCAGGGAGCAGUUUGAGAAACUACUCCUUCAACCGCUGCUCGAUCUUGACCAACUCGGCCGGCAACCUCAAACCGCUGUGAUAGUGAUCGACGCUUUGGACGAAUGCGAACAUGAUCAAGAUGUCCGGAACAUCAUUCGAUUAUUGGCUCUUCUGCAGAAGGCAAAAUCGGUUCGUCUACGGAUCUUCUUAACGAGCAGACCCGAACUCCCAAUCAGCCUCGGCUUUUCGGAGAUCGCAGAUCAUGGGUAUCAGGACCUAGCUCUUCAUGAGAUACCCGAGGAAGUGACAGAACGUGACAUAUAUUUAUUCCUACAGGACCGAUUUAGGAAAAUUAAACACGACAGAAAUAUUUCCCACGACUGGCCCGGCGAUGACGUCAUCCAAAAAUUGGUCACAGUGUCCGUUCCACUGUUUAUUUCGGCUGCUACUGUGUGCCGCUACAUCGAAAAUGCAAAAUGGGAAUCCAAACUCCGCCUCGAAGAGCUUCUAACGGACCAAGCCAAAUAUGUAUCGAAAAUGGAUAAGAUAUACCUGCCAAUUCUGACGCGACUACUGGACGAUCAAGAGAGUGAUGAAUCGGAGCAGCAGCAGCUCCUGCAAGAGUUCCAGGACAUAGUCGGUGUUAUCAUUCUUCUCGCUGAUCCGCUUUCUAUAAAUGCCCUAUCGCGGUUUACUGGGAUAGGAGCAGACCAGAUCAGCAAUCGAUUAGAUUCAUUCCGCUCUGUUUUGAGCAUUCCCGGUGACCGAGAUUAG